AUGCUCGCACAGAGUCCUGCCUCCGUCCGAAAGGGCACCAAGAGCUGCACCGAAUGUAGAAGACGCAAAGUUCGCUGCGUUCGCAUCCCCGAGGAUGCCCCAACAUGCCGCCAGUGCACAGAGCGCAAUACAGCCUGUGUCGCUCAGACGUCAAGUGGCCGGCCGCGACAAUCGCAGCGGCUGCCCUCGCGGUACCGGAUCGCGCAGCUAGAAUCUCAGGUUAGCAGACUAACCAAGAUUGUCAACAACAUCGAGGUUAAACUCGGGGGUGUUGGGUCGACUCAACUUGACCGACCCACCACUCAUUCGCCCGGUUCCGACGACUCUGAUGCAGAAUCCACCGCGUCAGAGAUGCUGAUUGCAGAAGAGCCGUCACAUCUACGCUCAUUGUUUCAAAACGAGUGGCUGAGUGUUGAUACGGAUCGGCGCAACGAGCAGCAGCAGGAGCGACGGGCGAAGGCCUCUGCUCACCUUGAGGAAAGUCUGCGACCAUCAUUGCAAAAGUUGAUCCCAACCAAAGAGGAGACAGUAGAAAUGUUGUCUUGCUCUUACGACUGGUUACAAAUGAUACAUUCUAUGCUUCCCCAGCCAUCCCAGUUCAAUUCGAAUCAGGAGGUAAUUGCGGACUAUGAAGAGAUGUGUCGACCAGAUGUUGGUGUUAUACGUCUGGCUUCAUGGCUAUUGACAGUAUCGAUUACGGCUCAACAAGUCCCUGAAGGGGCCAGGACGCCGGAGGCCCAAGCUGCAAGCUAUCAAAAGCGAAUUGUGUUUGCCCGCACCGUCUCGGACAUCGUUGAAAACUUCAUUAUGACCCACGAUCGGCUAGUUGGAACGCUUGAAGGUCUGGGAAUGACCAUACACUUUAUUCGGCUGCAAAUGGGACGAGGCAAUCCCCAGAAGGCCUGGCUUAGGUUACGGCAUCUUAUCGCCCUUGCUGAGCUCAUGGGAUUGCCCAAAGCAGCACAACUAGCUCGCAUCAAAAAGGCCAAUGGAGCUGCAGAUCAAACUGCUGAGAACGAGAAGCUCCAGUACUGGGAGAUGAUCUGCACCGUCGAUCGGCUGGCCGGAAUGCUCAUCAAUUUACCGCCGUAUACAAAACGAUAUCCGGUGCGGAAUCCCGAUCCUAUUGUGGUUGGCGGUGUUGUUCAGCCUGCGAUAUAUAUGAUCCGCCUAGUCGAUAUCACGCCUAAAAUCUACGAUCUGGAAGACCUCAGCGUCUCACAAGGCUCAACCACAAAGCUUUACACUUCGGCGCUGGAAAUUGCUCGCGAGGCAAGGGACCUCGCUUCUCAGACCCCAAAGUCUUGGUGGGUCAUCAAUAUGGAUGAUGACCUGAAACCGGAUCAUAUUGUUCAAUAUAUGCAUUACUGUAUUGUCAUGAAGGCACACCUUCCAGUCGCCCUCCGACAAGAUCAAAGUGAGGAGUAUCUGUACAGUCGUUUAGCCUGUAUGGACGCCUGUGAGUCUAUCGCACAACGAUACAAAUUCCUCCGGCGGAAGCUUCCAUCUGGAUUCUUUACUCUGCGACUGCUUGAUCUGCAGGCCUUUGCAGCUAUGGUGUCCCUACUCCUGACAGCUCAUUCCUGCCCCUCCGCCGAUAACUGUAGCUUUCAAAUUGACAAGGCCCGCCUCGAGGGCGUAGUGGAGGGGGUUAUUGAACUAAUGGAAGAAAAGUCGAAAGAUGGAGCUGGCUCUGGCUUUGCAGGGCAUGGUGCCACUUCGCUUCGUGCCCUACGGAAUCUUCUGCAACAAGAGGACAGUAACGCGGAGUCUAUUCGCGAAUUGACGGUCGUUGUGCCUCUCCUGGGAAAGAUCCAUGUUCGGCGUAACCUCCCCACAGCCCAACCCCGUCAAUCUCAUGUGCAGGCAACUUCAGACGCGAUACCCCAAUCAACCAGCUGGGUUCCCCAGGAGCAAAUGGUAUCCGCUGCAUAUAACCCACGACUCAAUACAAGUACCUACAUGCAGGACGCGCUAAUGGCCGGUAAUGGGAGGCCGGAUAUGCCCUGGGGGGAUUUCUCGUGGUCUAUUGAAGAUGCUGGUAAUAAUCUCCUAGACGAUGCUCUCAUGGCGGAGCCCUUCGGCCAAACGGCGAAAGGCGGCGAAAAGUCUUUGGCUGGGCCACAGGCCGAGCCUCAGGGACAGGUGCCGUCGCAAAAGGUAAUUCCAAACGGUGGCUUUGAAGCAUGGCUUAGUGUUGGGGCGGUAUUUUGCGUUUUUGUCAAUACCUGGGGAAUAAUCAGUACAUAUGGCGCUUUUCAGGAGUUUUAUCAGACACAAUUACUCUCUGACGAGUCACCAUCUGCGGUAUCCUGGGUUGGCAGUAUCCAGGCGACGCUCAUUGUUAUGGUUGGCCUUGUUUCGGGGCCUUUGGUCGACCUGGGCCACCUUCGUAUCCUCAUCGUCUCGGGAAAUUUUCUUAUUGUGUUUGGAAUGAUGAUGACUAGCCUGGCCUCGGAGUACUACCAAGUUAUCCUAGCCCAAGGCUUCUGCGUUGGAAUUGGUGGCGGUAUCGCCUACAUCCCCGCACUGGUGGUGAUAUCCAUGUAUUUUACUACUAAGCGUCCGAUUGCCAUUGGUUGUGCGUCGAUAGGAUCGAGUGUGGGAAGCGUCAUAUUUCCGAUCAUGUUCCGGCAGCUCCAACCAAAAAUUGGAUUCCCAUGGACGGUGCGUUGCAUCGCAUUCAUCAACCUGCUCCUCGCCAUAAUUACGUGCGCGGUGCUAUGUCGCCGAUCGGGUGAAAAAGUCGGCGCUCGAAGUCUCGUCGAUUGGAAAGCGUUUAAGGACGUUCCAUAUAUGAUGUUCUCGGUUUCCUUGCUACUUGUGAUGCUUGGUUAUUGGAUCCCCUUGUUCUACGUCGCCUCUUAUGCACGGACAGUAUUGGGGACAUCAACAAGUCUUUCCUUUUACAUGUUAGCCAUCAUCAACGGCGCGUCAGCAUUUGGGCGAACAGUACCAUACCUAUUGGGCCAGCGGGUAAAGCCCAUAUGCACACUCCUGGCCUGCGUGGCGGGAGCGGCAAUUGCCAUGUUCACAUGGAUCCCCGCGACAAACACUCCAGGCUUUAUCGUGUGGUGCUGUUACUGGGGGUUUUUGACCGGCGUCAUAGUGACCGGACCAACAUCCAUUAUCUCUCACCCUGCUCUGUGCCCGGAUAUAAAAAUGCUCGGAACAAGAAUGGGGAUGAUGUGGGGUAUCAGCUCUAUAGGCUCGUUGAUUGGGACACCCAUCGCGGGCUCAUUGGUCAAUUUAUCAGAGGCAUAUUUCUUGCGCGCUCAGAUAUUUGCGGGCUGCUUGAUGUUGGGUGCUGUCGGGUUGCAGCUAUGGCCGACACUUGUUGUCAUUCGGUAUGACCGGCAACACGCGCAGUCUCGUUAG